UCGCCUGACAGGGUAUCUGAAGUAAAAGGGGGUAGGUUGGGCUGGUGGUUUCGAGAGCGGAGUCGGGAGAAGGACGAAAGGCCGGGAGGGGCUGGGUUGGGGGGUAGUGGGGUGGUCGCCGCUCGGAGGCCGCCGCUCGGAAGCGGCGGAGCUGCGCCUCCCCGACCAUCUCCCACUUCAAGGAGGGCGGCCUGCCGAUGGGAGGACUUGCUCAGGUGGAAUUCAGUGGACGACGCCGAGGCCCGAAGUAGGGGACAUCCAGCAUUUCCCCCUUUCCCUGCUGGCUUGGCCUCCGCCAUUUUGGGUACAGUGGCGCGGCCACCUCGGCUUCCCGCCCUUCCCCGCUCUUUUUACUUUUUGUUCCCCAGCUUCCGAAAACUGAUCUAGAAGCCCAGGGGAGGGGGUGGUCAAAGCUCCCUGGAAGGGAUGAGGGUGGGUAGUGAAGCGAGCAGGGAAAGGCCGGGCAGUUGGGUGGAGGGAGGAUCGGGGUUGCUGGGCGCGCUCCCGAUGGAAAUGGCGCCGGAUGGGCCUGGCCUCCCCCCGCGGCCUCCCUUCCUCCGCAGUCUCGGCAGGGCUACCUGGGCUGACGGGACUGCGAGUGACUUCUGACGCAGAUUCCCAAGAUGAGAGAGGCUGGAGCUGGGGGAGGAAAGCCAAUGGCGACGAAGGUGCUCAACUCCCAAAUCCAGGACAAAGGAGGCAGACGGUCUCCUUUGUAAUUCUGCCGCCCGGUGGCGAAGGGUUUUAAGCCAGGCUUGGCUGCUGGCGGGAGGGGGAAGGGGCGUACUCUCCCUAGCUCUCUGGUCUCUAGGGCAGCUAGAUAAACGGAAAGUCUCCUGGGAGGAAUAAAGGACGCUUAGCCGGCCCUUAUAUUCCAGAUUUGGAACUUCGAAAAGACAUUUAAAUCAAACGGUAUUGAGAUGGAUUGGGUUAUGAAACAUAAUGGUCCAAAUGACGCUAGUGAUGGGACAGUACGACUUCGUGGACUACCAUUUGGUUGCAGCAAAGAGGAAAUAGUUCAGUUCUUUCAAGGGUUGGAAAUCGUGCCAAAUGGGAUAACAUUGACGAUGGACUACCAGGGGAGAAGCACAGGGGAGGCCUUCGUGCAGUUUGCUUCAAAGGAGAUAGCAGAAAAUGCUCUGGGGAAACACAAGGAAAGAAUAGGGCACAGGUAUAUUGAGAUCUUCAGAAGUAGCAGGAGUGAAAUCAAAGGAUUUUAUGAUCCACCAAGAAGAUUGCUGGGACAGCGACCGGGACCAUAUGAUAGACCAAUAGGAGGAAGAGGGGGUUAUUAUGGAGCUGGGCGUGGAAGUUAUGGAGGUUUUGAUGACUAUGGUGGCUAUAAUAAUUACGGCUAUGGGAAUGAUGGCUUUGAUGACAGAAUGAGAGAUGGAAGAGGUAUGGGAGGCCAUGGCUAUGGUGGAGCUGGUGACGCAAGUUCAGGUUUUCAUGGUGGUCAUUUUGUACAUAUGAGAGGGUUGCCUUUUCGUGCGACUGAAAAUGACAUUGCUAAUUUCUUCUCACCACUAAAUCCAAUACGAGUUCAUAUUGAUAUUGGAGCUGAUGGCAGAGCCACAGGAGAAGCAGAUGUAGAGUUUGUGACACAUGAAGAUGCAGUAGCUGCCAUGUCUAAAGAUAAAAAUAACAUGCAACAUCGAUAUAUUGAACUCUUCUUGAAUUCUACUCCUGGAGGCGGCUCUGGCAUGGGAGGUUCUGGAAUGGGAGGCUACGGAAGAGAUGGAAUGGAUAAUCAGGGAGGCUAUGGAUCAGUUGGAAGAAUGGGAAUGGGGAACAAUUACAGUGGAGGAUACGGUACUCCUGAUGGUUUGGGUGGUUAUGGUCGUGGUGGUGGAGGCAGUGGAGGUUACUACGGGCAAGGCGGCAUGAGUGGAGGUGGAUGGCGUGGGAUGUACUGAAAGCAAAAACACCAACAUACAAGUCUUGACAACAGCAUCUGGUCUACUAGACUUUCUUACAGAUUUCUUUUGUAUUUUAAGAACUUUAUAAUGACUGAAGGAAUGUGUUUUCAAAAUAUUAUUUGGUAAAGCAACAGAUUGUGAUGGGAAAAUCUGUUUUCUGUAGGUUUAUUUGUUGCAUACUUUGACUUAAAAAUAAAUUUUUAUAUUCAAACCACUGAUGUUGAUACUUUUUAUAUACUAGUUACUCCUAAAGAUGUGCUGCCUUCAUAAGAUUUGGGUUGAUGUAUUUUACUAUUAGUUCUACAAGAAGUAGUGUGGUGUAAUUUUAGAGGAUAAUGGUUCACCUCUGCAUAAACUGCAAGUCUUAAGCAGACAUCUGGAAUAGAGCUUGACAAAUAAUUAGUGUAACUUUUUUCUUUAGUUCCUCUUGGACAACACUGUAAAUAUAAAGCCUAAAGAUGAAGUGGCUUCAGGAGUAUAAAUUCAGCUAAUUAUUUCUAUAUUAUUAUUUUUCAAAUGUCAUUUAUCAGGCAUAGCUCUGAAACAUUGAUGAUCUAAGAGGUAUUGAUUUCUGAAUAUUCAUAAUUGUGUUACCUGGGUAUGAGAGUGUUGGAAGUUGAAUUCUAGCCCUAGAUUUUGGAGUAAAAUCCCUUCAGCACUUGACUGAAAUACCAAAAAUGUCUCCAAAAAAUUGAUAGUUGCAGGUUAUCGCAAGAUGUCUUAGAGUAGGGUAAAGGUUCUCGGUGACACAAGAAUUCAGUAUUAAGUACAUAGGUAUUUACUAUGGAGUAUAAUUGUCACAAUUGUAUUUUCAGUUUUCUGCCCAGUAGAGUUUAACUGUAUAAAUGAUGACUUUAAAAAAAUGUAAGCAACAAGUCCAUGUCAUAGUCAAUUAAAACAAUCCUGCAGUUGGGUUUUGUAUCUGAUAUCUGCUUGGAGUUUUAGUUUAAAGAAUCUAUAUGUAGCAAGGAAAAGGUGCUUUUUAAUUUUAAUCCCUUUGAUCAAUAUGGCUUUUUUCCAAAUUGGCUAAUGGAUCAAAAUGAAACCUGUUGAUGUGAAUUCAGUUAUUGAACUUGUUACUUGUUUUUGCCAGAAAUGUUAUUAAUAAAUGUCAAUGUGGGAGAUAAUA